AUGGUGAUUCCUAAGUCUAUGAGGGCGGAAAUGCUACAGGAGGCACACGAAGGUUACCUUGGUGUCGUCAAGACGCUUUCCCUAGUUAGAGAAGUCAUCUGGUGGCCCAGAAUGUCCAAUGCUAUUCGACAGAUGAUCAGGCAUUGUGAAACGUGUAUGGAAUUUCGACCUCAGCAAAGAAAAGAGCCUUUGCAGCCGACUCGGUUGCCUCAAGGGCCCUGGGAUAAGGUGGCAAUUGACUUGUUCGAAUUGGAAAAUGUGCAAUAUCUGCUGAGUGUCGAUUAUUAUUCACGAUUUCCGAACAUACGUACCUUGUCUUCAACUAGAGCAGAAACAGUCAUUUCAGCUUUGAGAGAUAUUUUCGUGUCAUGGCAUCCCACGUGUGGUGAUAAGUGA